UUUUUUAUGAAUAAAGAGUGUGGUCUUUGUAAUAUUAAAAUUAACGCUUUUAGUUUAGAAGAUCUAUUUUCCAAAACUUGUAUAUCCUAAUAUUGUCUUAAUCCAUGAAAUCGAUACAAUAUUAAAUGUCACAUGAAUGAAAAGCUUAAACGGAAGCGAAGGUUUGUGAUUGGAUGAAACACAUCACCCACUUCAAUGUCACGACAUAAUUAUACAAAUUAAAUUAAUUAAAAAAAGAAGGAUUGGGAGAAAACAAAACGCACCGUGUCGGUCGUGCAGCAGCAACGCUUCUCUCUUUACCUCUCUGUAGCUCCCUCCCUCCCUGAUUUACUUUCUAUUUCUCCGACUCUCUUCCCAGCUUCUCUUUCUCGUGCUUCGUUCACGAAUCUCUUCUCUUCUCGCCGUUUCCAAAUCCCUGGCUAGAUCUGUUUAGAUAAUGGAAGAGACCGAUGAUCUUCCUCAGGAUUCGGUUGAUUCUGCAGCUGACGGAAUCGAGAACGAUGACGAGUCAAAUGAGCAGCAAGAGCUUGAUCCUCCUGACCAGGGAACAGCCUUCGUCGACAGUAAGGAAGAUAUGUUCGUUGAUGCUCCCGAAGAGUUGAAUUUCGAUACACCUAGCAAGGAAGCUCUCACCACAGACGACGACGACGAUGAUAAUAAUGACAAGGAGGUGGAUAGGGAGAAGGAACUUGCAGUGUUGCAGGAACAGUUUAACCUCUUGACUGCUGUGAAGAACGUUUCCAAAGGUGAAGAAGAUGCGAACACCGUGGAGAUACUCUGCCGUUUCUCAAAGUUUUUAGAAACUGCUGAGGAAGACAAGGUUCAGCAUGAGGAUGCACUCAAGGAGCUUCGUGGGAUUAUCAGUGGCAAGGACGACGAGAUUGCUCAUCUCUCCACCAAAAUCUCUGAGCUUUCUUCCUCACAGGACGAGGAGCAACUUGUGGCUGCAACUGAUAGGGUUUUGGUUUCUCUUAGUAAUGUGUUUGGGCAACAACAGUUGAUGCACGGCUCUUCCGUCUCUGAGAAGAUUGCUCAUCUUGAGAACGGUGUUGCCUUUUUAAGUGCCAAGUAUACUGAGUUUUACUACGGUGCUGAUCAGUUGAGGAAGUGUUUGUCUAGUGCUGAGGCGGAUCUUCGUUUCCAAGAGGAUUUUGGUUCAGCUCUCCGUGGUGCUUGUUCUGAGUUACUUGAGCUCAAACAGAAGGAAACAUCGCUUUACGAAAGACUUGGCCUUCUAGAAGAUGAAAAUAAGAAACUGGUUGAGCAAGUGAACAGAGAUAGAGAGAUGAUUGAGUCGAUGAAUGCAGAGUCUGGAAAGUUGAAGGCAGAGCUUGAGCAAGAAAAGACAAGGUUUAUUAACACGAAAGAGAAGCUCAGCAUGGCUGUCACAAAGGGGAAGGCGUUAGUUCAGAACCGGGAUGCUCUCAAGCAUCAAAUAUCUGAGAAAACAACUGAGCUUGAGAAUAGGUUGAAUGAGUUACAGGAGAUGAAGAUUGCCCUUGAAACUUCCGAAGUAGCGAAGGGGCAGCUGGAACAAUCGUUAGCUGAAAAGUCAAAUGAACUCGAGAAGUGCUAUACUCAAUUGCGUGAUCAGUCUGCAUCCCUGGAAGCAUAUGAGCUUGCAAAGAACGAGUUGGAACAGUCUCUGGCUGAGAAAACAAAACAACUUGAAGAGUGUUUGAUGAAGCUACAAGAGAUGUCAACAGCGAUGGAUGAAUCUGAACUCAUCAAAGGUGAGUUAGUAAAAUCCGAAGCUUUGGUUGCGUCAUUUCAGGAAAUGGUGUCCUCAAGGAGCUCUGUCAUUGAGAAUAUUGAAACCAUCUUGUCAAACAUAGAUGCACCUGAGGAAGGUCAGUCUCUCGAUAUCAUUGACAAAGUUAGGUCACUUGUAGAAGAGAGGAAAGAGCUGCAAAAUGUCUCCCAGGAAUACAACAGACUAAAAGAUUUGGACUUUUCCAUUGACUUACCGGAGGAGCUUUCCCAAUCCAGCUUAGAAACUCGCCUAACUUGCCUGAGGGAAUCAUUUUUACAGGCGAAGGAUGAAGUUAGUGCCCUGCAAAACCAAAUCGAAAGCUUAAAGAUGUCUGUUUCAGCAGAAAUGGAGGACAAAAAUAACAUUAGAAAAGAACUCGAUGAUCUAACUUUCAAUCUUAAAAGAGUGGAGGAAACUGCAGAGAGAGAUUCUUUAGAAAAAGAGGAAAUUGUGAGGAGACUUGUCGAAAUCUCUGGCUUGAUUACAGAAGGAGUCGAGCAUCAUACUUCAGCUAUCGAUUUGCUUGUUGCUAGAUCCUUUGAUCAGAUAGAAAAGAAAAUCAGAGACUCUAGUGACAGUUCUUAUGGCAACGAAGAAUUGAUUGAAAGAUUCCAAAGCGCCCUUUAUGCUAGUGAUCUGGAGUUGUCACUUUGUAAGGAAAUGCUAGGAGAGGAUAUGCUGGCUAGUUUGCAGGUAUCCAAUCUCUCAAAUGAGCUAAAAACCGUAUCUCGAGAACUUGCUUCCGUGAGAGAAGAAAAAAUUGCUCUGGAGACAGAUCUUGAGCGAUCAGAGGAGAAAUCUGCUUUGCUCAGAGACAAACUUUCCAUGGCUAUCAAGAAAGGCAAGGGACUUGUCCAAGAUAGGGAAAAGUUAAAAACUCAGUUGGAUGAGAAAAGCUCUGACAUCGAGAAGCUGAAGCUCGAGUUGCAGCAGGCAACUGGUACGGUUGAUAGCUACAAGAGUCAGAUAGAUAUGAUAUCGAGAGACUUAGAGCGCACAAAAGAGCUAGAGGCUGAGCUUGUUGCUAUUGUAGACGAAAGAGAUCAGCUUAAGCAAUCCUUAUCUCUGAAUGACACCUUGUUGCAGAAAGUGAUGAAAUCAGUUGAAACUAUGAGCAUCCCUGUCGAUUUAGCAACUGAGGAUUCUUCAGAAAAGGUUGACCGACUUGCUGUGUACUUCAAGGAAGUGCAGCAGGCUAGAGUAGAGGAACAAGAAGAACUGGAAAAAGUAAAAGAAGAAGCCAGUACAUUAGCCAGUAAAUUAGCAGAAACCCACACAGCCUUGAAGUUGGUUGAGGAUGCCUUGUCUACUGCAGAGGGUAACAUCAAUCGACUUUCUGAAGAGAAUAGGCAACUCCAAGCUACCAAGGAAAAUGUUGAACUUGAGCUACAGAAAGCUGUGGGAGAGGCCUCCUCUCUGUCUAGCGAGCUGGAUGAAGCUUGUGCAACCAGGAAUACACUUGAGGCUGCACUCAAGCAGGCUGAAAGAAACAUAUCUGAUAUCAUCAGUGAAAAGGAAGAGGUUCAAAGCAGUACUGCUACUGCAGAGAUGGAGCUCGAGAAGGUGAAAGAAGAAAUUUCAGAUCAGAAUAACAAAUUAGCAGAAGCACAUAGCACCAUAAAAUCACUUGAAGAUACACUUGCUCAGACAGAAAGCAACAUGGAAUCGCUGUCCAAACAAAUGGAAGAUGAAAAACUCCUUACUACAAAUUUCAAGACAGAGUUAGAGGAGCUUCGAAAUGAAUUAGAGUUAGAGCGUAGCAAGAUGGCCGAUGCUUCCUUGACAAUAGGAUCCCUCGAAGAAGCACUCAUGAAGGCGGAGAACAGUGUUUCUGUCCUACAAGGAGAAAUGGUAAAAGCUGAAGUCGAGAUAUCAACUCUCAGUAGUAAACUUAAUGUAUGCAUGGAAGAGUUAGCUGGAUCAGGUGGAAACACAGAGAGCAAAUCUUUGGAGAUUAUUACUCAUCUUGAUAAUCUUCAGAUGCUACUGAAGGAUGGAGGGCUAAUUUCCAGGGUGAAUGAAUUCCUUGAAAAGAAAUUCAGGAGCCUUAAAGACAUAGACGCCAUUGCUAGAGAUAUCAUAAGAAAUGCUGGUGAGAAGAAAUUGGCUGGGGAAAUGGACAACGUUACAGAGGAGGAUUCGACUGUGGUAAAAUCCUUUUUAAGUGGUCUUGAUGAGUCAGUGGAUGUCGAGCUGGAGAAUAAUAAAGGGGAUGUAGCUGAUGAUGAAGACGAAAUUUCUUCAUCCCUUAGGAGGAUCGCAGAGGGGGUCAAGUUCAGAAACAAAAAUUUUGAGAAAAACUUUGAGGUUUUCUCAACUUCCAUUGAUACACUCACUGCGGCAUUAAUGGAAAACAUGACAGCAUCUAGGGAUGAUGUGAUGAACGUCAUGGGUCAUAACGAGUCCCUGAAAGAACAGGUGAGGAGUGCAGAAAAUAUUGUUCGCGAACAGGAAACCACUAUAUCUGCAUUACAAACAGAUUUGUCAUCUUUGAUGUCUGUAUGUGGCGAGGCUGCCAGCAAACUGCAAUCGGAAGUGAAAAAUGACCUCCUAGAGUUGGUUCAGUUCGAAGAAAAUUAUUACGGUAGUGAAACUGAAUCAACUGAACACCCAGAGGAGCCUCAUGUAAGUGAAUGCGCUCGGAGAGUAAAAGAAUUAUCUUCUGCUACAAAGAAAGCAUGUACCACUCUUAAGCUCUUUGAGACAACAAGUAGUGCAGCUGCUGUUGUAAUACAAGAUAUGGAGAACAGACUAAAAGAAACAUCUGCCGCUCUAGAAAAGGUUGUGGUAGAAAGAGAUCUAAAUCAAACUAAGGUUUCAAGUUCCGAGGCGAAGGUGGAAUCUACGGAAGCGAUCUGCCAAGAUCUGAAACUUCAGCUGGAAAAUUUCAAAGCCGAAGAAGAGAAAUGGCAUGCAAAAGAGGUGGAACUUUCUACAUUAUAUGAUAAGCUGUUGGCGCAAGAGCAAGAAUCAAAGGAAAACCUAAUUCCAGCUUCUGAUAUGCGUGCCCUUUUUGACAAGAUAAGUGGUAUUGAUGUGCCGUCAGUAGAUCAGGUCAAUGGAUUAGAUCCUCAAAGUCCAUAUGAUGUAAAGAAGCUACACGCAAUUGUUGAUAGUGUUUGUGAGAUGCAGCAUCAGAUAGACCUUUUGUCAUAUGGACAAAGCGAGCUCAAUUCCACCUUGGCAGAAAAGGAUCUUGAAAUUCAAGGUUUGAAGGAGGCAGCUGAAGCAAAGAGUACCACAGAGUUAGAGUUAGUGAAGACAAAGAACGAGUUGUCCAAGCUAAUAUCUGGCUUGGAGAAACUGCUGGGUAUAUUGGCGGGCAAUGAUACUGUCGUAGACUCAGACUUCUCUGAGUCAUGGACAGUCUUACAAGCACUAGAGAGAAAAGUAGCUUCCUUCCUCCUAGAGUCGGAGAGUUCAAAAUCAAGGGCCCAAGAACUUGGUCUGAAGUUAGUCAGCAGCGAAAAACUUGUGGACAAAUUAUCACUAAAGGUCAAAGAACUUGAGGAUAAACUUCAAAGCAAAGCCAUUCAGCCUGAUGUCGUUCUUGAAAGGAGCGUCUUCGAAGCACCUUCUACCUCAGAGAUAUCUGAGAUUGAGGACAAGGGUACCCUGGUGAAAAAAACAAUAUCACCUGUGCCUACAGCAGCGCAAGUGCGGACGGUGAGGAAAGGAUCGGCGGAUCAUCUUUCAAUCAACAUAGAUUCGGAGUCCGAGCAUCUGAUGAACCACAACGAAACAGAUGAAGAUAAAGGACAUGUUUUCAAGUCUCUCAGCACGUCUGGUCUGAUUCCGACGCAAGGAAAGAUGAUAGCAGAUCGGGUCGAUGGAAUAUGGGUCUCAGGUGGAAGAGUAUUAAUGAGCCGUCCUCAAGCGAGGCUUGGCGUUAUAGUAUACAGUCUCUUAUUGCAUAUGUGGCUUCUAGCUUCCAUCUUGUAACAAGACAGGUGAUUGAUAUCUCUUAGGCCUCUCGCAUGAAACUACAUACAACAGAACACACACAAAUUGCCCUUUCUCCCUCUCUUUCCCCUAUUCUUUCCCAUUCUUUGUCGACCCGUAAGACGAGAGAAUGAUAGGUGUCGUAUUGUGUAUAUAUCCUUGAAUAAUGUCUCGAUUACCGGCGAGCUUUUUCUUCUAGUUCUUUAGUUUCAUAGUCCUAGAAUGUUUGGAUUAGGACUCGGUACGUUAUUACAGGUGGUUGUUUGUCUCGGACAUUUGUUGUCCCAUGACUUAAUAGAAAAGUUUUACAUCUACAACGACUAAGUUUUGAAUGACUGUAAUUUUUUUUUUAUGAUAGGCAUGUGAUCUUUUUUUUUGAACAA